AUGAUUCGAACGGCGGUGAGAAAGUUUCGCCAACUGCCGCAGAAACUGACCGGUGAUGUUGCCGCUAAUGCUUCAGCUAACAAAGCAGCUCAGCUAAACUGGAUCGAAAAGCUUCAAGAAAUCGAAGAAUUUGCGCGAAAAGGAGGCUCAGAAAAGGCGCACAAACUCCAUGCUAGCCGAAAUAAAUAUUUCAUCGAGGAAAGAAUAAACGCGAUAAAAGACGAAGGAACAGAAGUGCUAGAAAUUGGGCUUUUGGCUGGGCAUGAUUUGGAUUAUGGAUCGAUUCCGAGGGCGACUCUGAUGACCUGCAUCGCUUGGGUUCAUGGAAUUCCUGUUUGUAUUGGUGGAUCAGAUGCUACUGUAAAAGGUGGAACCUCCUAUCCCAUCACCGUCCAAAAGUCUAAUCGAUUGUCCGACAUCUCCCGCCAAAACUACCUCCCUUCGAUCAACCUGGUCGAUUCUGGCGGAGCCUUCCUCCCUCUCCAGUCUGAAAUCUUUCCCGACAAAAACGACGGGGGCCGAAACUUCUACAACAUCGCAAACAUCAGUUCUAUGGGAAUUCCGAUGGUCUCCGUGGUUUGUGGAAGCUGUACCGCUGGCGGAGCGUAUACGCCUUCUAUGUGUGACGAAAUGGUUUUCGUUGACAAGAUGGGAACGAUGUUCCUCGGUGGACCGCCUCUCGUAGAAGCCGCGACGGGCGAAAAAGUCACUGCAGAAGAGCUUGGUGGAGCGAUGCUCCACAGCUCCGUUUCCGGAUGUGCAGAUUAUUUCGCCAGAGACGAGGAAGAAUCUGCUGCCUAUGUUAGGUCUAUUUUCGAAACGCUCAAUAUUCCAGAAUUCGCAACGACGAGAAAAGCUGCGGUAGAACCAAAUGUCGAGUAUGAUAUUCUCGAUGUCGCUUCGACCAAAUCUGAUGCUCGUCUGACCAUUGCUUGCCUUACAGACGGCUCUGUUUUCCACGAAUUCAAAGAACUGUACGGUACUGGGCUGGUCUGCGGAUAUGGCCGAGUAAGCGGACAUAUGGUCGGUUUCGUCGCGAACAAUGGCAACUUUGACUCCGACGCAGCUCUCAAAGGAGCUCAUUUCGUUCAUUUAGCCUCUGAACGACGCGUUCCAGUUGUUUUCCUUCAAAACUCGUUGUUCCACGAUGAUUUCGAUGCUUCAAGCGACUCUGUAGCUACUUCUGCUGCCGCUAUGCGAGCUAGAGCUGCUUAUAUCUCCGCUGUUUCUACAUCCAAGAGCCCAAAAGUAACCAUCGCCUGCGCCGGAGCAAACCGCCUAUCCGACCUCUGUCCUCGCCAAUACGAUCCUAAUUUCUUCUUCCGCUGGCCAGCCUCGAUGGGACUCAGAUCCGGAAACGACUGGGAAGACGAGUCCUUCUUUUCCAGCGCUAGAAUUUGGGACGACGGCACGAUUGACCCCCGAAUGACGCGCGAUACGCUCAAGAAAUGUAUGGACAUUUUCGAAUUUGGAAGAAACCACGAGCUCUUUAUCAAAUCGAAAGAAUUGGAGACCUAUCAGCCGAUGUACAGGCUUUAG